AUGACCCGACGACGACGACGACGACAUCGCCCACAAUCGCGAAAAUCUCGCCGCGUCCUCGUCGCGCAGAACGCGUCCGAUCAAGAAAACACGGUAACGUAA